AAGAAGAUUCAGGAGGCAGAGGAGGAUCCCUGCUGCUUCCCAGGGCAGGCAGCUGCCAGACACCCUCUGCCUAUCUCUGCUGGGAACCCUGCACAGUAGAAGAAGCCCAAGGAUCUGCAGGGUUUCUACCCUCGAGCAGCAAUGGUGAAGGCUGCGAUGCUGCCGGUGGAGAGCCAAGGGCUCAUCUCGGCCACCGAGGUGCUCCUCGUGGCUGUUGUCUUCUGCCUGGUCUUUCUGCUGCUGCAGUCCCUGCAGCAGCACGUGCCCAAGGGGCUGAAGAGCCCCCCGGGACCCAGGGGCUAUCCCAUCCUGGGGAGUGUGCUGGAGCUGCGGAAGGACACGCACCUGGCCCUGACCAAGCUGAGCCAGAAGUACGGGGACGUGAUGGAGGUCAAGAUUGGCAUGCGGCCUGUGCUGGUGCUGAGUGGGCUGGAGACCAUCAAGCAAGCCCUGGUGAAGCAAGGAGAGGACUUCAUGGGGCGCCCCGACCUCCACAGCUUCCGCUAUAUUGCAGACGGACAGAGCCUGACCUUCAGCCCCGACUCUGGGGAGGUGUUUAAAGCCCGCAGGAAGCUGGCUCAGAAUGCCCUGAAGACCUUCUCCAUUGCCCCCAGCCCCACCUCCUCCUCCACCUGCCUGCUGGAGGAGCACGUCUCCAAGGAGGCUGAGUACCUGGUCACCAAGUUCCUGCAGGUGAUGGAGCAGGAGAAGAGCUUUGAGCCUUACCAGUACCUGGUGGUGUCGGUGGCCAACGUCGUCUGUGCCAUGUGCUUUGGCAAGCGCUACGAGCACAACGACCAGGAGCUGCUCAGCGUGGUGAAUACAGCUGAGGAGUUUGAUGACGUGGGUAGUAAUGGCAACCCUUCUGACUUCAUCCCACUGCUCCAGUACAUUCCCAGCCGCAGGAUGAAAUUAUUUAUAGAUUACAACAAGUCCUUCGUCUCCUUCCUCGAGAAGAUAGUCAAAGAACAUUACCAGACCUAUGACAAGAACAACAUCCGAGACAUCACCGACUCCCUCAUUGAGCAGUGCCUGGAGAAAAAAGUGGAAACAACUACUGCCGUGCAGAUCCCUAAGGAGAAGGUCGUCAACCUCGUGAAUGACAUCUUUGGAGCAGGCUUCGACACUGUGACAACUGCCUUAUCCUGGAGCCUCUUGUAUCUUGUGACGUACCCUGACAUCCAGAAGAGGAUCCAGAAAGAACUGGACCAGAUCAUUGGCCAGGAGAGGAGACCGCGGCUGUCGGACCGGGGCACGCUGCCCUACACAGAAGCCUUUAUCCUGGAGGUGUUCAGGCACUCUUCCUUCCUGCCCUUCACCAUCCCACACAGCACGACUAAGGACACAGUGUUGAAUGGCUACUACAUCCCAAAGGACCGCUGCGUGUUUAUCAACCAGUGGCAAGUGAAUCAUGAUGAGAAACUUUGGAAGGAUCCAGAAACCUUCAACCCAGAGCGUUUUCUCAGUGCUGAUGGAACCAAAGUGAACAAAGAAGAUGGGGAGAAGGUGCUGGUUUUUGGCCUGGGGAAAAGGAGGUGCAUUGGGGAGCCCAUUGCCAGGUGGCAGGUCUUCUUGUUCCUGACCACCUUGCUCCAGCAGCUAGAGUUCAGUGUCUGCGAUGGCAAGAAGGUGGACAUGACCCCAAUCUAUGGACUGGUCAUGAGGCACAAAAGGUGUGAGCACUUCCAGGUCAAGCAGCGCUUCCCCAUGAAGAGCAGAAACUGAGCAGUGGGACCAGGCAUCACCAGGGGGCAAAACCUGAGUGUCCUUGCAGCAAAGCUGGGUCUGGUGCUUUACAGGAUGAUGUAAUAAACUGAAACCAUUGAAACUCC